AUGGCGUUCAGCUUUGGUUCCUCUUCCGGCCCGGCUGGGGCAAGUGCGCCCACCGAGCUCGCCGAGAUCUUCACAGAUGAAUUCGGUUUUAAAGGCGUUUCCGGUGAUAUCAGCAUUCGGUUUCUCCCUUCGCCCUGGCCGCAAGACGCUCUACCCGCCCCGACUACCUCCCUUCUAACUGUCGCGCAAAACAAGGGCAUCGUUGUUGGCGCGGGACCUGAUUGCCUCGUUGUCGCGACUACCCAAUCUGUUCGAACCGCCAUCGAAACUUCAUCUCAGGAAGAAAGCAACAAGACGAAGCCCUUCCAGCCACAGUCCACGAUUCCACUACCUGCACGACCUACCCACGUUGCUUUCACGGCGAGCGAUGACGCCUUGAUAUUAGCGACUGAGAACGCGUCUCAGAUCACAGUCUUCCAGACGGAUACCCUCCUUCAAGGCAAUGUGCAGCCAGCUCUGUCAGUUCAAACCAACGGUGCGACAAUUCGAUGUCUUGCGCCGAACCCGGAUCCCUCUUCGACCCUGGUUGCGCUGGUCACAGUCAACGGAGAGCUUCUGAUUGCAGACCUUAAGGCCGGAAAUCUGGUGACCGGUGCCAAUGGGCCAGCCCUACGAAAUGGAGUCAGCUGCGUCGCUUGGAGCAACAAGGGAAAGCAGCUCGUGGCGGGCAUGGCUGAUGGAAGCGCGGAGCAGAUGACCCCUGACGGAACGCAGAAAGCUCAAAUACCCAGACCUUCUGAUUUGGAAGGAGAAUGUCACGUCUCAUCUAUCAGUUGGCUCGAGAAUGACAUUUUCUUCAGCAUCUACACUCCGAAUGCUCCAGAAGACGACAUGGGAAUUCCUGCCUCGUCUUAUUACAUGAUAACAAGGCAGAAGCAGGCGCCGUUCCUCCUCCAGAAACUACCCGAGAUUUGUCCCACUAUUGGGUUCAUGAUGAAACGAGCGCCUGCGUUCCAAUUUAUCGCACGUUUACGGGACUACAAGCCGCAUCUCAAAGAUGUUCUGAUCGUCGCAUCAACCGCAUCUGCAGAUGUCGGUAUGGUCGUGCGAUCCGAGAAAGCACUGGAUGAUAAUCCCGCUGGACAAUUUGCAGUGGCCAACGUGAACGACGAUGUGAAAAGGGCAUCAAUCCCUCUUACGGAGUCCGGUGAUGACACGUCAGUUAUUGGUCUCAGUUGUGAUCUGUCUAGCAGCGACAAGGUGCCUUCGCCUCUUCCUGGUGAGGAAAUAAUAGAGACUUCAUCUCCUUUGCCCGCACUGUUCGCUUUGAAUAAUGAGGGUAAUAUGUGCGCCUGGUGGUUCAUUUAUACCGACGCGAUCCGCCAGAACAUUCCCUAUUCUGGGCUUGUUUCCGGGAGCGCGCAGAUACCAGCCCAGGCUGCGCCUUCGUCUCUGCAGCCGGCCACACCAGCAAUGACCCAGCAACAACAACAACAACCCGCAUUUGGCCAGUCCUCUUUUGGCAGCCCGUCUCCUUUGGGUGCAUCUUCUUUCGCUAAACCGACGGGAAGUGCGACAUUUGGAACUCCCUCGGCCAUGGGAGCAACGCCAUUCGGAAAGGCUGCUGCUCCAGCAUUCGGCAGCACUUCCAAUCUGGGUAGCAUGGCCAGUCCCGGGUUUGGCAAACCUUCUCUCGGGCCUUCCUCUGGCACAGCAUUUGGUCAAACCAGCUCUCCUGGACACGGUGUGGCAUUCGGCAAGUCGGGAUUCGGUGCCCCGAGCACGAGCUCGCCGUUCGGACAAUCUACCACACCGGCGAAAAGCCUCCUCAAUUCUGCGCCUGGGACGAGCGGUGGCGGCUUCAGCUCCUUCUCCAGCGGAGCAGGUACGGGUGGUGGAUUCGCUGCGUUUGCCGCUGCAAAGCCUGCGGAGUCUCCGUUUGCGAAAACUUCUGGUGACAAUGCCUUUGCCAAGACCUCGUCGCCUUCGCCUUUUGCUAGCAGCAACGCUUUCGGUGAGACCGCAUUUGCUAAGGCAUCAUCUCCCUCUCCUUUCGGAGCCAAACCUUCAGGCGAGACUGCUUUCCCAUCCGCGCAAUCAGCCGCAGUCAAAAAUCCAUUUGGUUCCAACUCAGGCUUUGGAUCUGGUAGCGGAUUUGUGCUGGGAUCUUCUUUUAAGGGCGAUGGCACAGCCGCGAGCGACUCAAAAGAACCAGAAAAGAGCUCCUCGGGUGCUAUGUCCCUGAGUGGAUUCGGCAAAUCUAUUUCACUGUCAAAUGAUUCCACGGGUCCGACGGAAUCUAUGGAUGACUCAGAAGACAAGACUGCCCCGGCGGCAGCGAAGAGCCAACCCACCGCAUUCUUCAGUCCUCCGCCACCUAAACCCUCGUCUAAUUGGGGAGCGUCGCCUUUCGGUGCCAAAGCGCUGCAAACAAAGCCGGCUUCGUCACCUUUGGCAACCCAGACCGGCAGUGGAUUCUCCAUGUUUGGAUCUUCUUCUGCCGCACCUUCGCAAUCGCCUCCACAGACAAAGCCACGGAUCACGAGUCCACUGUCAACCCAGUCUGACGUGACAGCGACUCCCCAGAAAGGCCAAUCUAUCCUUAGUCCCACAUCUUCUUCCCUCGAGGCUCCCCUUCCUCCAGAUUCAACUACAAAGACCAGUUAUGCUCCUGGGGAUACAUCAGCGUCAUCGAAUGUGUCAAAGAGUUCUGCCGAAGAUGCCCCUCUUCCCCCGGAUUUCGUGUCGAUAGGGAAGAGCUCCAAAGAAGUAGAGGAUGCGCCCCUUCCGCCAGAUUUUACAGCCAAGCCUAUCAAGACCGAGAGUCCACCUCCGGGUGUGCCCGAAGAUGUCCCGGAGGAAGCGCCAUUGCCUCCAGACCCAACGACGUUCAAGCGUGAUUCUACCCUGUCAGAAGACCUCGAAGCUGUUCCGGAUGAGACAGACCUCGAAUCCCAGGAUGGCGACGAGUCAGAUUUCAGUGACAUUGGUGAAGAUUUAAAUCAAGAUGAGGCCGACGCGGGCGAGUCCUUCAGUGGAUUAUCCGACAAGAGCUCGACUGGGGGGCUUUUUAGUGGAUUCUCCAAAGGCGCUAAAAAAGACCAAACAAAGCAGGCACCUCGCGCACUUUUCGGUGAAAUCUCGAAGGGUCCGGUUCUUCCCCCGCCAGGGCCCGCAAUCCGUUCUGGCCGUGAGCCGUAUCGCUCCCCCAGUCCCAACCGCGCCAGCUCCCAAAAGGGCAACUUGCUCCUGAAGAAAUCGGAUGCUUUCAAGGUGGGAAGCGCCUUGGCUUCUAAGAAGGCUGCCCUAGCUCAAUCCACGUAUCGUAAGGGGCCUCUGAGGAAAGUUAGCGAUGCUGCGCGAGAGGAACGGGUGCGUGCACAGGCGGCUGCUCUGCAGCGAGCCGAGGAGGAGGUCCUCGCUCUCUCAGACGAUGACGAGGACGAGAGACUGCGAGCAGACCUUGCUCGCCCUGUCGAGCCCGCCGCAACCCUGGAUCCCUUUCUUCCUCACCAAGACUACACCGGCGAUACAGCGAAGCCUGGUGUUCCAGGUAUGAUCGAACGGCUCUAUCGAGAUAUCAACUCCAUGGUCGAUACGUUGGGAAUUAAUGCUCGGUCCAUGGAGUCGUUCCUCCUUUACCAGCAGCCGGCGCAAGGGUCUGACCACGAUACAUGGGUGAACAUUUUGACGAGUGACAACCCUUCCAACAUCUUGGAUGAGGAUCUCUUCCUCCAGGAUAUCAGUAUUUUCGAGGACGUCAUCACAUCCAUUGGCCAGAAUCUUGACGAGCAACGUCUCCAAGGUGUUGAGGACAAACUCAACGAUUGCCGAGCAUUACUCACUAAAGAUAUUGUGUCUUUGCGGGCCCAGUUCGCUAGCAUUCGCAAGACGCUCGACGCGUUGACUGACACCGGGGCGAUCCUCUCAGCGCCUCUUUCUGCCGAGCAAGUCACCCUUCAACAAGACCUUCGCACCACAUUCACCGACCUGCAAGGCAAAUUGGCCGAGCUUGAGCAAGGCGUUUCGAUGCUGCGAGCAAAGAUUGCCGACAUUCCAAGACGCGGUGGAGCUGGCGCCGCGUCCCGCAAGCGACCGACUGUCGAGGCUGUCUCCUCCACUAUUGCAACCAUGAUGAGCAUGGCGGAGAGCAAGAGCAGUGACAUUGACGUCCUGGAGGCCCAGCUCAAAAAGCUCGGCUUUGAUACAUCCGUGUCGGGCUCCGUGAGCCGUGAAGGAUCUCCAUUUGCUACACCUCGCAAAGCAGUUGGCCGUUUCCCAGCAACACCGGGCUCGCGCGGCUCCGUUGACGGGAGUGCUUAUCACACUCCAGAGUCCGCAGCCCGCGGCCUCAAUUUCCGGGCCAGUCUGAAUGGCUCGGCGAAACAGAGUCGUCUCCGAAGUGUUGACGUCGCUGGUCCUGUCGGCGUGCGGGAGGAGUCAUCUCAGUGGAAGGCGAAGAAUCAACGCCGAAGGCAACUGAUCGGUAGCUUGAAGGACGCGAUGGAAAAGAAGGAGAAGCAAGUGCGGGGUGUUGACGAUCUUUAA